CGAUUCCGGAAAUGCAUGAUGUGGCGGUUGAAAGAGCGAUAGAAAUUACAGUGGCUCACAUCUGAUGACUAAUCGUCUCGCCCCUUGUCCUGCAUCUACAAUGACGCCCGAUUCACGGUGAGAAUGCCAGUCCGAACACGCUCGAUGCAGAGCUGCUAGACGAAUUCCAAUGGGAAUAAUCAAGGACUGAUGGAUGUGUACAUGUCACCAAACGUCACACAUGCACAAAGUUUAUUCCAACACUUUCCUACUGGCUGUCCCAGAAUGUCCUCAGCCCCACGUGUUCAACUCAUCUCCACGCAGAAACUGAAAUUCAUCAGUUCCUGAGCCUCAGCCGACUUCGUCUCGUCGCCCAGCGACGCGUUUUUUCUUCUGCGAUUCAUGAUUUGGGAACCUUUUUUCUGGAUUUGGCCGGCGCUAGUUGAGAUAACGCACCGGUGAUAGGCCACAGGGCCUGCACGGUGCCUGCGCGUCAAGCCCACGCACCGGGAUGUGCUCUGGAUUAUAAAAUGCUGGUCUCCACCCUCUGAUUACACUGCGCCUCGGGAAGAAAUGGUGUUCGAGUUUAUCAAGACCGUGUCUCUGUUCAGCCAGUCCGAUAUGGUUCCCAUCCUCGGGCCGUCGCUGGCGGUCGCUUUAGUCCUGGCGGGCCCUACUGAUCUCGGGGCGUUCAUACGAGGCUUCGUCUGGCUCGAGUUGCAUCUCCUCACGUUCGAGAUAAAAAAUCAGAUCACCGGUCUGGAGGAGGAUCGUCUCUCCAAGCCCAACCGUCCGAUCGUGGCCGGCCGUAUCUCUGUUGGGGCAGCGCAAGACCUCUACUGGGUCAUCGCCCUCGUCUCUACCGUGUUCAGCGCGCAGUUUGGUCUCCUGCCGUGCACCGUUCUGUACCUGGCGGCCAUCUUCUGCUACAACGAGCUCGCCAUGUCGCGCAACUGGUUCUGCAAGUCAUUCCUGGGAUCCAUUGGCUAUGUGUGUUACUGCUGGGGGACGACCGUCAUGUUCGACCACGGCGCCCCGCUCUCGACGCUCUCAACCACGGCGAUCGUCCUCAGCGGCCUGCUGCACACCACGACCGGGCAUGCUCAGGACUUUCGGGACCGCGACGGCGACGCUGCCAUCGGGAGGGUCACCCUCCCCAUGAUUCUGUCGCCUCGUGUGGGACGCUGGUCGCUCGCGCUUCUGCUCGCAGCCUGGACGGCGGCUCUGAUCUGGCUGUGGGCCCCGCCGGCGCUCGUCACGCUCUACCUCGGUCUCCUCGGUCUCAAGGCCGCGGCGGGCUUCAUCCAGGACCAUUCCGUCGAGGCCGACCGUGUUUCUUACUGGUGGUACAACAUCUGGUUGAUCACCGCGCAUCUUCUGCCCGCCUUCGCUCAUGUCGGGGUUUGGAACGUCGUCGAUCCCGUGUCGUUCCUGCCCUUACGGUAAUUCUCAUGAUCUGUUACGCCCUUGACGUAUUCCAGACUCUGUUCUGAUGUUCUCUUCUAAUGAAUAUUGAUGUCUCACGAAUGCACGCGAAUGGCAGACGGCGAGUGGUCCUUGGUCAAGGAUGGCUCCCACGUCGUCUCUCCACUCGUCAAUGAGGACCCGAGCGUCCGCAAGGCAUCACCCGGUAGGCAUCUAUGCAUGUGACUGACAGCUGGUUCGUCGAUGGGCGCAGGGUGUCAUGGAUGACUGUGGCGAUGCUCAUCUCUCAAUCCUUGAAGCUGCACGUAACAUUCAACCUUCAGCGCUCCAGCUCCAGCAGGUCCAGAACUGCCAGAAUCCGAUAGAUGCCAGAUUAUAUCUGUUUCAAGCCAAGUUCGGAGGCAUCGGCAGCUGCUGGCGGCCGCUGUAAAUCGCCGCCCAUCUUGACUCGCGCUGCCAAUCGACCAAUACCGCCGCGACUUGCAGGAAGCAAUUACUGGCGACAUGUCGGACAGCCAGCGCUUGCUCUGUCUGUCUGGCACUGACAUGUCUCAAUCCAUCGCCAACGCGAAUAAGCUCAAACCACGGGAAUAUAAAGCAUAGGAACGCGAUCUACAACCCCCACAGAAAACCGUCUUUUCUCUCUUCGCAGUGCGAUCUCUUUCGAAGCUACUCAGCACAUCCACACUCACUUGAUACUUUCAAAACACUUCAAACAAAAUCCACACCAAUGGCUUACAACCAACAACCGCGUCCGACUGAGCAGAUGAAGGCGGGUGGCAACCUCAACGCGAACAACAUGCCCUUCGUCGAUGGCGAGCGCGAGUGGUCACACGGCAUAUUCGACUGUCUCGCAGACCCGCUUACCUGUGUCGUCUCCUGGUUCCUGCCGUGUGUGUCACACGGCCGCAACAUGGCCCGAUACCAAGCUCUGGAGCAGAACUCCGUCAGCAAGGACCCCAUGGAGGGCGUCAUCAGCAACGACAGCAUCAUCUACGGAGCCGCGCAGUGUUUCGGCUGCGGCGGGCUGGUCGGGAUGGGCGGGCGCGCGACCAUCCGCGGGAGGUACUCGGUGCAGGGCACCGGCGUGUCGGACUGCCUGCUCUCGUGCUGCUGUGCCCCGUGCUCGCUCACGCAGAUCAGCCGGGAGCUCGAGCUCGAGGAGCAGAACCAGGGCCAUCCCGGCGCUGGGUUCGGAAUGUUCAUGCAGCCUGCGGCCAAGGCCUAGAUUUGGUUAUGGCUACUUCGUAUUUAUAGACAACAGAUUGCGCAUACAUGGAUACCAUAUAUAAUGAGGAUUUUUUUUCUGAGCCAGCCUGUGUAUAGCGGGUCGGAUCCGCUUGGACCUCCGCCAUCCUUCAAGCACAUUCAAGCGUGUCUGCCAGACACCUUGCGUUCAAGAAAGAGAGGUGAAGUUUGGCAGAUGAGCACAAGUUCUUUGUGCUUCACAGCCAUCGUCCAAGAAAUGACCGAAACGCUCAUUCGCGUCGCGAAGGAACACUGCUGAUUGACUGGAC